AGACCGGACUAGCCGCUUAUCGAGUGCGCGAUUCAAUCAGCAGCUCUAGAAAAAUGAAAGAACAGUGGUUCCUACUUACUAUGUUUAUCCUGCAUUUUUACAACGUUGAAUUCAUUGCUGCCGAAACAGCAAAGGGUGGGCAGUGGGAGAAGUACCUGAAUAAGAUCUCCAAAGCCAGCCGAGUGUAUAAGCCUUGUAGUCCCCACAACUGCAGCUGUCAUCUUAGUGUCCUGCAAGAUGACCUGCAACCCUUCAGGGCUGGUGUGUCGGAGGAGCUGAUGGGGGAGAGCGUGCGCCGAGGUGUGGGGACGCAUUACCAGAUUAUAGAUCACAAGCUUUACCGCGAGCAGAACUGCAUGUUCCCAGCACGAUGCAGCGGGGUGGAGCACUUCAUCCUGGAAGUGAUUGACCGCUUGCCGGACAUGGAGAUGGUGAUCAACGUGCGCGACUACCCCCAGGUGCCUGGCUGGAUGCAUCCAGUGCAGCCGGUGCUGUCAUUCAGCAAGACUGCAGAUUACAAGGACAUCAUGUACCCAGCUUGGACUUUCUGGGAGGGUGGCCCAGCAGUGUGGCCCAUAUACCCCACUGGUCUAGGGCGCUGGGAUCUCAUGAGGGAGGACUUGAAGAAAUCAGCAGCUCGAUGGCCAUGGAAGAAGAAGGACCCCAAAGGCUUCUUCAGGGGCUCCAGGACCAGUCCAGAGCGGGACCCUCUCAUUCUGCUCUCCCGGGAAGCUCCUGAGCUUGUUGAUGCAGAGUACACCAAAAACCAGGCCUGGAAGUCUGAGAAGGACACUCUAGGGAGACCACCGGCCAAAGAGAUCCCCCUCGUGGAUCAUUGCAGAUACAAGUACCUGUUCAACUUCCGAGGCGUGGCUGCCAGCUUCCGCUUCAAGCACCUUUUUCUGUGUGGCUCGCUGGUGUUCCAUGUGGGUGAUGAGUGGCUGGAGUUUUUCUACCCUCAGCUUCAGCCCUGGGUCCACUAUAUCCCUGUAAAGGGGGACCUCUCUGACCUAAGGCAGUUACUCCAGUUUGUAAAAGAAAAUGAUGACAUUGCACAUCAAGUGGCUAAAAGAGGUCAACAGUUCAUCCUGGAUCACCUGUGCAUGGAGAACGUGUCCUGCUAUUGGGAGAAGCUGCUGACCGAAUUUGGCCGGCUGCUGAAGUACAAGCCCAAGAGGAGAGCAGGAUACAUCGAGAUUGUUCACAAGCCUGCAAGGACAGAGCUGUGAGCGAUGCACUGCAGCGUGGGGCAUGGAGGGUGGACGGAGGCCAAUGUCCAGAGUUUUAAGGCUGUCGGUCUGGCAUAUUCCAAAUAUUGUUGACUAGUCCUGUAAUUUCAGGAAGUUGGCUCGAAUUACAUUCUCCAAAAUUCUCUUUCUUCUAGUAGUUUUACUUAGUCUCUGUGAAUUAACUUGAUGAUGAAAUUAAAUUUGAUGGUGUGCUGACCUCUUCUGGAAGACAGCAGGAGGAGCCACAGUCUUCGCAUUGAGCCUGAGAUCCGUUGCCAGGUUUUUCGUGUUAAAUGUGUACAAGUUACACUGCUAAACUUCUGAAACAGAGUGCACAAACUGGCUCUAUUUUCAGCCUUAACAUGAACUGAAGGUUUUACUGACCCGGCUCAUUUUGUUAAAAGCUGGGAAAGGCAAAUUGAUAUGCUGGUAUUAGGCUGCUGGGUUCUUGAAUGUGUUUGGUUGCCAUAAUUGUGCUUGCUUUGUGACAUUUUAGCUCUGGACCCACUGACGAAAGUGUCAUGCCAUACUCUGAAACUGCAGAUCAAAAAAUAAGACCUCAGCUUUGCAGUGGACUACAUUCACAUUCACUUACAUAUUCAUUUAGCAAACAAUUGUUUCCAAAGUAACAUACAACCCAGAGGAAUAUGCUGACUUGAUGAACUUAUAUCAUAAACACAACUUGAAUGAAAUCUGGACUACAGUUCUUAAUCUUAAGACUCGCCAUUUUUAGUGUCAUGAACUCUUCAGCUGACACUGUGUAUACUGUAUUCAGUUGACUGAAGCAAAUACAGGACAAAUUCCUGAAAUUUCUUAAAUAGAUAAAACAUAAUGAUGAUGGUCAUAAUUUUUAUUACUAAUUAUUUCUGCUCUUGUUCUCCUUUGUUCCAUCCUAUUUGCUUUUUUCAUUCCCAUUCUUACUGUGUUGCUGUCAAUGUGCCUUUGAUGGUAACCAGUUUAUUUGCCCCAUCCUCUUCUUUUUCCUUCUUCCUUUGCUAACUGUUUUUCUUGAAUCUCAUGUGCCCUUUUCGCCCUUUUCUGUUUUUGUAUCUCAACACUUAACAUCUAAUAUACUCCACUGUCCCAAGUACUGCCUCAUCUCAUUACUGCUGUCUCUACUGCCCCUUCUCAUUUUUCCUUCUUUUUGCUCCUCUUCCGUUUAUUUUCAUCUCUUUCCUUGUUUCUCUUAGUGCCUCCCUUGUAGUUUUUGUUCAAACAUACCAGUGUAAUUUUUUUUUGAUGGUGCUGCUGGCUACUGGAGUCAAACACAGCAGAAGAACAAAACAAUAGGACUACAGGGCUAAGGAUGCAGGGCUGAGAAACGCAACCAUUGCACAGCCGUCCUGCUCCAGCUCACAAUGAACAGAAUAUGGUUUACUGUUGUCAUUACAUAUUUUUGUGUCUUUGAAUGUAGGAAAACAAUGUCAACAGUUGACAGGCAGUGCCAGAGGAUUUUAUCCACUGAGUGUUGAUCAAAACAAGAACAUGAUGACCAGAACAAGGUUCAUCUGUGCUUCAUGACCUCUUCAACAAGCUUUGUGUGUCUCACCUUCUUCAUAACUGUAAUGCAGCUUUCACACAUUUUUCUCUUCUACUGUUUAAGCCUCAGGCAAAAGAUUUAACAAACGUACCGUUGAGAAAAGUUUAAUACAGCAGCUGUUGCAGAGCUGAAUAUUGUUGAUGUCAGUAAUUUUCCGCUUGUAUCGUUUCCUUCACUUCCGCACUGUCUUGUCUUGGAUCCCGUUUUAACGUUAUGUAGCCCUGUGUGUUUGUGACGGUGCUUUUCUAUAGCUGUACGUGACACGAUCCAACUUUAACAAGCAGCGGUAGUGUGUGUGGAGGGUAAUUUUCCGCUGUAACGUUUAACCGCGCAAGAAAUCCCACAAACGAUGUGUAGUGUUUUACGUUAGGCUGUGAAUUAACUCCGACAAAGUAUGUAGAACUGUAAUUGUCCUGUUACAGUGACC